AUGGGUUUUUGUUGUUAUUCAAUUGCAGUGGGUACUGAAGUUGUGAUGGUGGAUGACAUUCCCUUUCCUCCUCAGAUCAAUCCUGGUUCUGACAAGCCUUUAUCUUUGCUCGGCCAGGGUAUAACCGACAUUGAGAUUCACUUCCUGCAAGUUAAGUUCACCGCCAUUGGGGUUUAUCUAGAUCCCGAAAUUUUCACUCAUUUACAGGCCUGGAAAGGAAAGACCGGGGCGGAUUUAGCAAAGGAUGAUGCUUUCUUCGACGCUGUCAUCUCAAGCCCGGUAGAUAAGUUUGUGAGGGUGGUAGUGAUUAAGGAGAUCAAAGGUUCCCAAUAUGGGGUGCAGCUAGAAAAUGCAGUGAGGGAUUGGCUGGCGGCCGACGACAAGUACGAGGAUGAGGAGGAAGAAUCUCUUGAGCAAGUGGUUCAGUUUUUCCAGCACAAGUAUUUCAAGAAGGAUUCUGUCCUCACAUUCUAUUUCCCUGCUUCAUCUGCUACUGCUGAGCUUACAUUCUCGACUGAGGGGAAAGAGGAAUCAAAGUUAAAGGUGGAGAAUGCAAAUGUGGCUGAGAUGAUCAAGAAAUGGUACUUGGGCGGAACCAGAGGAGUUUCUCAGACAACCAUCUCCUCACUUGCCAACAAUCUUUCUGCCGAGUUAUCUAACUGA